AUGCGCAUUUCUUUCCUGGCCACAGGUGUGCUGUUGCUACAGCACGCCUGCCAUGUGCAGGCCAAGGCUGUCUUUGCUCAUUUUAUGGUGGGAAACACUCCGACGUGGGAACUGUCCGACUGGAAGAACAACAUUCAAUUGGCCGUCGAUGCCCACCUUGACGCAUUUGCCCUGAACAUCGCCAACGGCUGGUAUGCCAACGAUGCAUCUCUUGCUCUGGCCUUUGAGGCAGCAGCUAGUCUUAACUUCCAGCUCUUCUUCUCCUUUGACUAUGCCGGGAACGGGUCGUGGGCCAAGGCAGAUGUAAUCAGUCUCAUCACCCAGUACGGUAGAUCCGGUGCUUACUUCCAGUACAACGGUGAGCCUUUUGUCUCGACCUUUGAAGGGCCUGGUAAUGCGGACGACUGGGUCGAGAUUAAAUCCCAGACGGGCUGCUUCUUCAUUCCGGAUUGGUCGUCGCUUGGUGCGAUCCCCGCGGCUGCAGCGGCCGAUGGUGUUGUCGAUGGUCUCUUCAGCUGGGCGGGGUGGCCCUGGGGAGAUAAGAACAUCACUACGUUUGUGGACGCUUCGUACAUGCAAACUCUCAACGCCAGCGGGAAGCCCUACAUGAUGCCGGUGUCGCCCUGGUUCUACACCAACAUGCCCGGCUACGACAAGAACUGGCUGUGGCGCGGUGAUGACUCUUGGUAUCAGCGCUGGCAGCAGGUGUGGUAUAUACAGCCUGAGUUUGUCGAGAUCAUCUCGUGGAACGACUUUGGGGAGUCGCACUAUAUCGGGCCACUCGAUAACAGCUCCUUUGACGCCUUCACCGUGGGACAGGCACCAUUCAACUAUGUUGAAAACAUGCCGCAUGACGGAUGGCGUGACCUGUUGCCCUUCAUGAUCGAUACCUACAAGAACGAGCGGGCUCUAGUCACGGAUGAGAAGCUGGUGGUGUGGUACCGUACCUCGCUAGCCGAUGAUUGUAAUAAUGGCAACACUACCGGCAACACAGCCUCACAGCUGCAGCUCGAGUUCGCACCUGAGAAUGUCUCGCAGGACCGGCUCUUCUUCACCGCGCUGCUGUCCAAGUACGCAGAUGUCGGGGUCAUGGUCGACGGAUACUACCACAAAGCCGAGUGGGACUUCCUACCCCCCGGGCCCCAGUCAACAGGCGGCCCCGGCCUCUAUCACGGCAGCAUUGCGCUAUCGCACCUAGAGAGAGCUGAGGUUUUUAUCACCCGCAAUGAUGUCGAUAUCUUUUCCGUCUUCACUGUCCAGAAUGUGUCCCCAGACAACUGUGUCGGCGGUCUGACCAACUGGAACGCGUUCGUGGUCUCUGGCUCAGGCGGCACGUUGCCAGUACCCGUAUACUCGACAUUCGAUCUGAGUGUGCAGACCUGCGUGGCUGGCUACAGCGUUGACGCCUUCACUGAUCUGUGCGAGUUUACCUGCGCGUGGGGAUACUGCCCCAUCGGCGCCUGCGUAUGCACCAACAUGGGCAUCAUUCUCAAAGAGGCCAACCAGACCAGCGCCGUAGGAUACCCGGCUAACGGCGACGCUAAUUACGCGGGGCUGUGCGGCUUUGCCUGCGCGGCGGGCUUCUGUCCCUCCAAAUACUGCUCCCUGGAAGUUCAAGCGGCCUAUAUACCGACCAGCUCGCCCUUUGAUCCGCCCACAUGCACCGGAGGCAACACCACUAACGGAAAUUUCCUGGGUCUGUGCAGCUAUGCGUGCAACUUUGGCUUCUGUCCACGGAACACCUGCUCAUGCAGCUCCGAGGGCCCUCUCAUCCAACCUCCGGCCCAGACGAGCACCGGCACCGGCAAAUCCCUCGUUGGGCCAGACUCGGAUCUAUGUAAUUUUGCUUGCACGCGCGGAUAUUGCCCCAGCGGCACCUGUACUACCUCUGUCAAUUUUGACGUAUCUGUGAUAGCUGCACUUGGUGACUCGUUUGCUUCGGGUCCGAGUGCUGGAGAUGAGUACGACGAGUCGCCGUGUCGUCGAUACACCGAGGCAUUUGGCCCUCAGCUCUCACGCUCCGGCGAGAUAACCGGCCCCAAACCGAUUGACUUUGAAUUUCUCGCAUGCUCGGGAUCAAAGACCAUGCAUAUCUGGGAAGAUCGAGGUGCUAGCUCGAGUUCUAGUGGCGAGGUAAAACCAAAGCGCGCUCAAGCCAACCAGCUCAAAGAUUUGAAUCUCGACUUCAACAUGAUAACAUUGAGCAUUGGGGGGAAUGAUGCCGCGUUCGUCACAGUUUUGGACAGAUGUGUCUAUCGCUUCUAUGAUGUGUCGGCCGCGAUUGAUGAAAUGAACCAACGUUUGACUGGAGAUAAAAUUGCCACAGGCCUCAAAAUAUCCUAUGAUGCCAUCAUAGCUGCGGCACCCAAUGCUCACCUUUACGUGACCAGCUAUCCGGCUUUCUGGAAUGAGGAUACAGACGCAUGUGAUCAAGUCAGCUUCAAAUUCGGCUGCAUCAACAAUUCUGUCUUACCGUUGAUAAAAGAACGCCGCCGACGCAUGAACGAUCUGACCAAAAAGUUAAACGGAAUAAUCAAAUCUGUUGUUGCUGCAACAAGCACACAAGGUGCAGGGUCGAUUCACUACGUCGACGUGGAUCCUUACUUUGACGGACACCGAUUUUGCGAAGAAGGUGUCAGUGAGCCCAGCUAUCGCAAUUCGGAUAUCUGGUUCUACCCAUUUGAGUAUACGACUGGGGGAACCUUGUCUAUCUCUGCUACGGGCUCAGGCACAACCAAUUGCACUGCUAUUUUGGAUGAUGAGGGGGAUAAUGGAGAUUAUUUCAACUGUGAGCUUCAGAAUUCCAUGGCAGCUGAUGGUAUUACUCUCGAUUUAAGCUCGAUGUCAAAUAAUGUUGCUGGCAAUGACAGCUUGGGGGUUCUUAGUGACAGUAGUGGAGAUGUACUCCCGGAUUUUGCAGCCAGGAUUUUCCAUCCCACAGUCCUUGGGAUGGCGGCGUACACACAGGCUAUACUUGAUGUAUACCAUGGGUCGGCAUGA